GUGUUUAACGUUGGGCACUCAGUUGUUGUGUGGUGUGGCAUGGGGAACGUGAGGUUUUUCAGAGAGUAACGAGUGUAAAUGUGCUUUUAACCAGGCGCCAGUCGUUGAAGAUCAACACCGGCCCCUGGACUCCAACCCAAAAGCCAAAUACAUCACACAACGAUUUUUCACUCAAUAUCAAAAUUCAAAUUUUAAAUUUAUCCCUUAAUUUAAAAAUUCCCUCCCGACCUGAGCAAAAUGACAGGGGAAUAUAAUUCAAUAAAAUAAGUGGAACCAUCAGCUGUUUUCGGUGAUGAAGAGGAGAAAAUGAGAAAAUGAGAGUGAAGUUUUUGGGUUACUGUUAUUCGAUUGAAAAUUGUGGGGAUGAAUUGAUGUGAACAGUGGAAUUUGAGAACACGAUUAAAUUUUGAGGAAUUGGUGAAGAUUUGGAAGUUUGGAUUUUUCAUUUGGUGUACAAUGAGAUCGUCAAAAAAGGAGUGCUGCUGGUAUGUCAUCACAUUUUUGUUGAUGAUAGAAUAUGUGUACACAGAGGUGCAAGUGCCAUCGAGUACUGAGAACAGUGUUACGCAAUCGCCAGUGAAUGACACGACCCGGGGAUUUCUCCAGAGAAAGAGAAGAUUCGUGAGAUUUCCAGUUCCAGGAUACUACGAGUCACCACCAAGUGGUCGAAGUGUUCACCCGAUUUCCCGAUUUUCCCCGAUACCAGGUCCACCCUGGAGGCAGUCAAAGUCAUACUGGAGACCUCCAGCAGCACCAGUAAUGGCGCACAGAAGUCCCAGGCUCAUCUUCAGGGAUGACUUUCCCACAUUUCCAGGGUCUGGAGUUGGAUCGUCAUUCUUCCAGUCAAACAAUCACGUGUCGCCAGAGGUUGACGACGACUUCCGAGAUCACCGGAAACAAAUUUACAACGAUUAUCCCAAGGUUGAUACAGAAAUACCGCGGAAUGAAAAAAAACCAUCGUGGCAGGGUGAUGAUACAUUGUGCGCUGACGGAAGGAGCUGUGAAUUUUUUCUUAAAUGCUGGAUGACAUCCGGUCUGUUGGAUGGCAGUUGUGGUGGUAUUAUGUACGCGUGUUGUCAUCGUAAAGACCCUAAAACUAGCAAUGAUUUAAAUCUAGUUGAUGCACCUAGAGAACAGUUGCAUCAGCAGCUUGAAUUGGACGGAUUUACGGAUACAGCGAGUGACGAGCAGUGUGGAAUUUCGUCGACGAAACAAACCGCGCAGAGGAGAAUUGUGGGUGGUGAUGAUGCUGGGUUUGGCAGUUUUCCAUGGCAGGCUUACAUCCGCAUUGGAUCGAGCAGAUGUGGAGGAACGCUUGUCAAUCGUUAUCACGUGGUGACAGCGGGUCAUUGUGUGGCCAAGGCUUCUGCUCGUCAGGUGCAAGUGACACUGGGGGAUUAUGUUGUUAAUUCAGCGUCGGAGACACUUCCUGCUUAUACUUUUGGGGUUCGAGAGAUACGGGUUCAUCCUUAUUUCAAAUUUACACCGCAGGCUGACAGAUUUGAUGUUGCUGUCCUCAGGCUUGACAGACCUGUUCAUUAUAUGGCACACAUAUCGCCUAUUUGUCUGCCUGAUAAGAAUGAAGACUUCCUGGGGCAGUACGGGUGGGCUGCAGGGUGGGGAGCCCUUCAGGCCGGCUCUAGACUCAGACCGAAAACCCUGCAGUCGGUAGAUGUACCAGUGAUCGAUAACAGAGUCUGCGAGAGAUGGCACAGGACUAAUGGAAUAAAUGUAGUAAUUUACGACGAGAUGAUGUGCGCUGGGUACCGAGGGGGUGGCAAAGACUCGUGUCAAGGAGACAGUGGAGGUCCCCUGAUGCUAGAGAGAACCGGACGUUGGUAUUUGAUCGGCAUUGUAUCGGCAGGAUACAGUUGUGCCCAACCAGGACAACCUGGCAUCUACCACCGAGUCGCCAAAACCGUCGACUGGAUCACAUACGUCAUAAAUUCAUAAAAAUCCAAAUGCCAGUUUCAAGAAAUUCCCUCCUACAUUCGAAUAUUUAUUCCUCAAUUUAAUUAUCCAGAAUCCACGCCCAUUGACUGUCAAUAAAAAAUUUCAUGGAUCCUGAAUUUCUAGAAUGAACUUGCGGGGAAGAAAUCAUGAAAUUUCACGUGUCCCCAUGCCAAAUCUCCCUUAAUAUAAUUAAUAACAUAUCGAAUAUCGAAUCCAUUAAAUUUCCAUUUCAGUUUAAUGGGCAGAGUAUUAAUAAAUUAUCUCGGUGAAUUUCUACUCUCUGUAAAAACAAAAAUAUCCCGAAUAUUUAAUAAUUGUGAUACACGCAAAACCUGUUCAUUGUAUAUAGUAAUAAUAAAAUACUUUGUUAUAUCGUUAAAGUAUUAAAAAAAUGUGGAGUGAGUGGGGAAAAUUGGAGGGUGUAAUUCGGAGUUUUGAAAAAAAUAAAUGAA